AUGAUUUACUCUGUCUGGAAUGUCAGGGGCCUAAAUGACCCUGGCAAAGUUGCCUCUGUAAAGAGGUUGCUUCAUUCUCAUUCAGUUGAUGUUGUUGGUUUGCUUGAAAAAAAAAUCAAAUUGAAAAAUGUCCUCACUUAUCAGAGGAAGUUUGGCUCUUCUUGGCUCUGGUUGUGUAAUUAUGACUAUUCUCCCAAAGGGAGGAUUUGGCUUGGUUGGAAUGCGGAUAGAGUAACUGUUAAUGUCUUGAAGGUUCAUGAACAGUUCAUUCAUUGUAGUGUUUCUUCUAAGGACCUCUCUACUCAGAUUCAUCUCACUGUUGUUUAUGGGCUUCACUCCAUUCAUGAUAGGCUUCCUUUAUGGGAGGGACUUAGAAGCAUCUCUAUUCAGCACUCUCCUUGGCUUUGUGUUGGUGACUAUAACUCUGUUCUUCAUACUGCAGAUAGGCUUCAUGGUACUGAUGUUACUGAUUAUGAGACUAGAGACUUUCAAAGCCUGGUUGACGAUUUGGACCUCACAGAGAUCAAAAGCAAAGGGGCCUUCUACUCUUGGUCUAAUAAGGCUCAUACUGGCCCUAGAACUCUCUCUAGGAUUGACAGAGUUUUUGGUAACCAAGCUUGGUUAGCCUCUCAUGGGCAUGUGGAGACUGUCUAUCUCCCUCCUUCUUUAUCUGAUCAUAGUCCUGUUCUUUUGGAUAUUUGUUCUGCCCCUGCGGGGCAAGGCUUGAGGUUCUGCAAGCAGUUUGGUAACAUUGAGGAAAAGAUUGAUCAGGCUAAUGUUGAGCUUUCUAGAAUUCAAACCUUAAUGGCACAGGAUCCUGAUGAUUUGGAUUUAUAUACUAAAGAAUCUGAUGCUAUUAAGACUAGACAGGCAAGGAAUGGAAUUGACUCCAUCUUUGAUUCUAAUCAGGUGUUGCUUAAGGAUCCAGAUGCUAUUUCUCAUGAAAUUAUCUCUUUCUAUAAGUCUCUUCUAGGGACUCAGGCUCCUUGGCUCCCUGCUGUUGAUCUUGUCACUAUGAGGAGGGGUAAGCAGCUCAGCUUUGCUGCUCAAAGCUACCUCAUUAGGCCUAUUUCUCGUGAUGAAAUUGAUGCUACCCUUAAGGGAAUUGAUAACACUAAAGCUUGGCAUAUUGUGAAAGAUGAUAUUUAUGCCAGUGUUAUUGAUUUUUUCACUAAAGGGACUUUGCCUAAGCAGUGGAAUUGUACAACUAUCACUCUGGUUCCUAAAAUCCUUUCUGCUUCUCAUGUUAAGGAUUUUAGACCUAUAGCCUGUUGUACUGUGGUAUAUAAGCUCAUUUCUAAGGUCAUAACUGCUAGGCUUGCUGCUGUCAUUGGUGAGGUGAUUGAUGAUGCUCAUGCAGGGUUCAUCCCAGGCAAGCACAUUGGUGACAAUAUCCUUCUUGCAACUGAACUGAUCAAAGGCUAUGAUCACAAAUUUAUCUCUCCUAGGUGUAUGGUUAAGGUGGAUUUGAAGAAAGCUUAUGAUUUAGUUGAAUGGGGAUUCUUGAUCACUGUCAUGCAAGAGCUUGGUUUCCCUCAGAGAUUUGUUGGUUGGAUCUGGACCUGUCUUACUUCUGUCUCUUACUCUAUUCUUAAUAAUGGUGUUCCUGCCCCUCCCUUUGAAGCUAAGAAAGGGUUAAGACAAGGUGACCCUAUGUCUCCCUUUCUCUUUGCUAUUGGUAUGGAAUACCUCUCCAGAUGCCUUGAUGAUCUUAGGUUAACUCCUGAUUUUAACUUUCACCCUAGAUGUGAAAAGUUAAACCUAACCCACAUGAUGUUUGCUGAUGACAAACUGAUGUUUUCUAGAGCUGAUAGUGUUUCUGUUAAGCUUCUCUUUCAGGCCUUCUCGAAAUUCUCGGGUGCUUCUGGGCUUUCUGCCAAUCUUGAUAAAAGUGACGUUUAUUUUGGAGGGGUCUCUGCUGAUAUUCAGAAAGAGUUGAGGGAGCUUCUUGGUGUUUCUCAAGGUACCAUUCCUUUUAGGUAUCUUGGGGUCCCUCUCUCUUCCAAGAAGCUUACUAUUGCUCAAUGUAGGCCUUUGGUGGAGAAGGUCACUGCUAGAAUCCAAGGGUGGAUGGCUAAACACUUGUCCUAUGCUGGGAGGCUUCAAUUGGUGAAGAGUGUGUUGUUUGGUAUUCAGACUUAUUGGGCUCAAAUUUUUAUUCUACCGAAGAAAAUUCUGAGAGAGAUUGAGGCUAGGUUCAGGUGUUUUCUUUGGACCGGAUCCUCUGCCCCUGCUAAGAAAUCUUUGGUUGCUUGGAAUAAUUGGAAUAAAGCAGCUGUCACUAAGUUACUUUGGGAUAUUGCUCACAAGGCUGAUAAUCUUUGGGUUAAGUGGGUUCAUAUCUACUACUUCAAGCAUAAAGAUUGUCGGACCACCCCUACCCCUACUAGAUGCUCUUGGUUCUUGAAUAAGAUUUUGAGUUGUAAAGAUGUUGUGAAUGAUCAAGGGGGAUGGGAUGGUUUCAUACAAGGCAACAAGUUGAAAAUCAAGAAGCUUUAUGCCGCUAUUAGGCCUCAAGUUCCUUGGAAGAGAGUUAUUUGCCAAAACUUAGCAACUCCUAAGAGCGUGUUUAUCUUGUGGCUAGCUUUGUGGGAUAGGCUUGUCACUAAGGAUAGGUUGCUUCAAUGGCACAUUUCUUGUGAUCCAAAGUGUUUCUUGUGUCUGAAUAGCAAUGAAAGUGUUCAACAUUUAUUUUUUGAUUGUGAUUUCUCUAGGAAGGUUUUGAGCAAGGUGUUGGGUAUCUUACGGGUUUCCAAGCCUGUUCAGCAGUUUAGUGAUGAUGUUGAUUGGAUGAAGAAAAUCUGCAGAAGUUCCAGGUUGAAAAACAAAGUGAUCCAGGUGGCCUUCACUGAAACAAUUUAUGGUAUUUGGAUACAAAGGAAUGCAGUUCUCUUUACUGGUUGUUGCAAAUCUGUUGAUGCUCUAGUUAGGGAUAUCGUCUUCCAUUCAUGUUUGCGUUCUGGUUUCUUUCCGAGUUGCUUCUACUGUUCUUGCUGUUCUUGCCUGCCUGCUUUCUGCCCUGCUGGUUGCUGCAUACUACUGUCUACUUGCUGUGCUCUGCUGUCUGUUUUGCUGUGCACUGCUGUCUGUUUGCUCUGCUGUCUGUGUUACUGUGCACUGCUGUGCAUUGCUGUCUGCUGCUUGCUGCACUGCAGUAUGCUGACUGUUAUGCACUGCUGUCUGCUGUCUACUUGCCUGUUUGCUGCUGACUGUUUGUCUUCUGACUGUCUGCCUGCUUUAACUCUGCUGUCUGCUGCUUGUUGCUAUCUGCAUUGA